CAGGAGACCGGUAACAACAGUCGUUUGUCGUCUGUUUUCGUUCAAACAGAAACAGCUGAGAUAGCAGAGGUUCACCGUCAUUUCAUGUUUCUUCGCGUUUACAUAAUUCCAUAACAAUGUCUUUGUGUCAGAGUUACGUCCCUAACUACUUUUCAAUCCAGGAUAUCCUGGCAACACAGGAAAAAGUCCCUUGUAAAUUUGAAAUGCAAGUGAAACACUUAGGCUUUUUGGAUCCUGGUUCGGAUAAAAGAGACAUUGAAAUCGGAACGAGUAUCGAGUUACCACUUUGGAUGGCCAGUGUAUUGAACUCACAAAGGCCUUCAAUAGCUGAAGUCGGUUUACCAAAAAUUUUCAAAGAAGCAUACAGAGAUAUCAUGAAAGCCGACCCUUGUGUUGUUGAUCUACACAAAUUAGCGCAAUAUUUCUAUGAAUUUGGAAUGUGUCUAUGCAUGUUAAAACACAGAGAAUCAUCAGAAAUUUCUAGUGUUCUUGUUGAGUCAUUUAAACAACGAUUCCGGCAGAUAUUAGACUGGGCGCAACACUCUACAAUCGAAGUACCUGAAUCAAAAAAACUGGAUGAAACAGAGAAGAUGAUUUAUCAUAUGGGCAGAGAGGUUGGAUCCAGUCUCUACUUGUGGUUGACUGAAGGUGGCUCCCUCAUCACUGCUGCCGAUAUGGUUAUACAGCACAAGAAAAUGAAACUCACACAAAAAGACCUUCUGCACUAGUUAUGCUGUGAAAACUUACUUUCAUUUUGUUUAAUUAUUUUUCACCACUCUAAAAUUUGGGAUUUUAAGUUACAUUCAAUAAAAGGGGAUUUUCAGAAGCAAAA